UCUCCCGGUGGCUCCCGAGAUCCGGCCUCGCCCUCCCUUCGGCACUCUCUGGGCCACUUCCGUCCCCGGAACGUCCCCCACCCGUGGGCGGCGCCCUGGGCCCGCGCUCUAUGGUUGCGGGGACUGCAGGAAGCUGCUCUGGCCCCAGCUCUCGGUGCUCGGGAUCCCACCGAAGACGGGCCACCACUCCCGGCAGGAAGCGAGGGUGCGGCGCAACCCGGGGGAAAAACGCUCCGACUGCGCUCGAGUUCCCCUUUAGUCUCUGAUCCUCCGUUUCCUUAGCCCGGGGCGCAGGCGGAGCCGGGGGCGCAGAAUGCCCGCCCUCAGGGUGUGAGGAGGCUGCAGGGACGUCCCCUUUAUUUGCAUAGCUCCCGGGACGUGGCGCCGCACGUAGGCCACUUCCGCGUUCCCGAGAACUCCAACUCCCAGAAUGCCUCGGGGGCCUGCGUCACUUCCGCUGUGUUGGAAGCUGAGGAAAAUCGAGACUGGGAGGCGGAAAGCCGGCUGAACAGGGAGUACCGGAUAGGUGGGGCCGGCUUACAGUCGAUUUCCCAUAUGGAGCUGGCGUUUGACCCGGGUGAACAGGACCUGCUGGGCUUCCUGCUAGAGGAAAGCGGAGAUUUGGGGGCGGCACCCAAUGAGGUCUUGGAGGCUCCGCUGGACUGGGAGUUGCCGCUUUCUGAGCCCGUGCAGGCACUGAGCGAUUGGGACGUCGAGGAUUUCCUGCGCUCCCUGCCGAGCCCCCCAGCGUCGUUGAACAUUUUCAGCAACUCUAAUCCCUGUCUUGUCCACCAUGACCACACCUACUCUCUCUCCCAAGAACAUGUUUCCAUAGAUCUAGAUAGUGGGAGCUGUGGAAAAGAGGGGGUCCAGAUGACUCCCCUGCACGUGGAGGACCCGGAAGAGCAGGAGGUUGUUGGGCUGAUCCUGACAGAUGAGGAAAAGCGGCUAUUGGAGCAGGAGGGGCUUACUCUGCCUGGAACGCUGCCUCUCACGAAGAUGGAGGAACAAGUUCUGAAACGAGUGCGGAGGAAGAUUCGAAAUAAAAAGUCUGCUCAGGAGAGCCGCAGGAAGAAGAAGGUGUAUGUGGGGGGUUUAGAGAGCAGGGUCUUGAAAUACACAGCCCAGAAUCUGGAGCUACAGAACAAAGUACAGCUCCUGGAGGAACAGAACCUGUCCCUCCUGGAUCAGUUGAGGAGACUCCAGGCCAUGGUGAUUGAGAUAUCUAACAAAACCAGCAGCAGCAGCAGCACCUGUGUCCUGGUAAGGAUGGUGAUGGAAGGAGAGAUCCUUCUCCCAGGUGCAGGGAUGGGUGCAAUCCAGAGCUCUUCAUCAUUUCCUUUUCUUGUGUUCCAGGUCCUACUGUUCUCCUUCUGUCUCGCCCUUGUACCUGCUAUGUACUCCUCUGGCACCAGGGGGAGCCUGCCAGCUGAGCAUGGAGUAUUAUCCCGCCAGCUUCGUGCCCUCCCUCAUCAGCUGGAGCUGUCUGUCCUGCAGUCGGAGGAACCAAAGGAUAGCUCAGACCAUGAGCUCCAGGCUCCUGGCAACUCUUGCUGCCUGCCCUCCCACAUGCCUCAGGCUCCUGGCACAGAACCUCCCCUGAAGUUGCCACUCCCUGAUCCCUUUUCAAAGUUCGCCUCCCUGGGUCCCAUCGUUCUCCUGCAUGCAAAUCUCACAAGAGAAGGGGAAUGGCUCCCUGCCCACAGCCCCAUAUCUGUUAUCUUGCAGGGCAGAUACUCAGGCUAGAUGGGAGGCCAAAUGAAAAGGAAUACGAGAAGGCUAGUUUUAGCAUCUGUGCCCCGUCAGGAUGCCUUAGGGCUCAAACACACCACACUUACCAUCUUUCUGGGUCUUUUAUUUGUACCCAUGUAUGUCUAUCACCCCAUGAAUGGACCUGGGGGAAUCAAUUGACCUUGAACAUUUCAUGCAGUGAGGGGAUGGGAUGAGGAAAUAAAUAAGUAAGUGAUUCUGA